GUUCGACGAUGUCCAAAGAUGCAUUUUUGGCCAUUCCCAACGUUUGGAAACCGGAGUUGUACAAAAUACAGCUUGACGCCCCAACGCCGAAGCCCGUGCUGUGCGAAGAUGACGAUAUUAUGGGACCCACCCGAUACGGAAAGGAGUACCACGGUACAAUGGACCACAAAGAGUGCGAACAGAUGCUGAAGGACAAACCGGACGGGAGCUACCUGGUGCGGCGUAGCCCCGGGGCGGACAACUACUACACGCUGAGUUUGCGAUUCGCGCAGGCGACGAAGCAUUUCAAAAUAUUCUACUGCCCAGAGAAGGGACACUUUUUGCGGGAAAACUUCAAAAAGUACGAGACCAUCCCGGAGAUGGUGGCCGAUGGGCUGGUCGAUUUCUACAUGCGGCUCCAUGCCGCCCCAAUACUGAAGGAAAUGAUGAGCCAGACGAAGAAGUGCUACGAGCAAAGCCCGUACAUGACCCUACAUCGGCGGAAGCUGCGUUCGUUGUGCAGCGAGCUGUGCAAGCCAAGCAAGUUGCCCGUCGUUCAGGACAGUGUCGAAACCACUGACCCGGAAAUAGCGGACGGUUGCGACAGCGGAGUCGGCAACGGAGACAGCAAAGAGACGAACGAAAAGUCCGAAUCCUACGACAACGACAAUCUGGCCUACGAAAAGCAGCACGCGUUCAAAACGCACACCUUCAAGGGGUUGAAUUGGUGCGAGUUUUGUGCCAACUUUUUGUGGGGCUUCACUUCGCAGGGAUGUCGAUGUGAAGAUUGUGGCUUCAUGGCACACUUCAAGUGUUCGGAACUGGUUCCGGCCAAAUGCGUGCCGGAUUUGAAGCGUCUGCGCGGGAUUUUUGGAGUAGACUUGACAACGCUGGUGACGGCCCACAAAUGCCGCAUUCCAUUCAUCGUGAAGAAGUGCGUCGAGGAGGUAGAAAGCCACGGUAUGCUGCAGGAAGGCAUUUACCGCAUUUCCGGGUUCGCGGACGAGAUCGAGGCGCUCAAGAUGGCGCUGGACAAGGAUGGCGAGAAAGCGGACGUGUCCGCACAAGUAUACAGCAAUGUUAAUGUGAUUGCCGGCGUACUCAAACUGUACCUCCGGCUGCUGCCUGUUCCUUUAAUAACGUUUCAAUCAUUCCCACUAUUUAUGGAGUCGAUGCGAGAGAAAUCGAUCGGUGAACAAGUGAUAGCGCUGCGCAACGCAGUGAAAGCAUUACCGCCGGCACAUCUGCACUGCUUGAAGUACAUUCUGGAGCACCUGAACCGAAUCGCUUCCCACCAUGCUAUCAACAAGAUGAACGAACACAAUCUGGCCACCGUGUUCGCUCCUACGCUCAUCGCGACACCACAGCAUAUGACGGACCUGUCGCAGGAGAUUAGUAUGCUGGCCGCCCUGAUUGGGCACUGUCACGCAAUAUUUUUGUAACCCGCACCGUGUUUUAAUCGCUAGAAUCUAAGCUACGGGGUCGCCCAUUUAUCGUAAAUAAAAAACU